AUGUCUUCUGAAUCUGCACCAAUCGAAGCCCCACCCUCUGGUGGGGGUAGCUCCUCCUCCCACUAUGCAACGAAGGACACAACGUUUACAAAAAUUUUUGUUGGCGGUUUGCCCUACCACACAACAGACGCCAGUCUACGAAGUUUUUUUGAAAGAUUUGGAGAAAUUGAAGAAGCGGUGGUGAUCACCGAUCGGCAGACAGGCAAAAGUCGUGGAUAUGGCUUCGUUACAAUGGCGAGAUAUGAAGACGCCAUCAACGCCAUAAUGGAUCCGAAUCCGUGCAUAGAUGGUCGUAAAGCCAACGUUAAUCUGGCUGUUUUGGGCGCCAAACCAAGAACCAUUGCUGGAGGUAAUUUACAGGCAUGGUGUUAA